AACUAAUAGUAGUGAUUAAGGUGUCAAAAUAAUGGAUCUGAAAACUAGUAUAAAUGCAGCUUGCCGUACAGCAGAGGAGUUUACAAAACUGUAUUAUGAAACUAUGGACAAAAGACGCCAUUUAAUGUCGAAGCUCUACUUGGACACAGGAAUUUUAGCUUGGAAUGGAAACGGAUCAACUGGAAAAGAUGCAAUUCAGAAAUAUUUCUCAGACUUGCCCCCAUCAGAACACAAGUUACUGUCUCUGGAUGCACAACCAGUAUUAGAAGAUGCUGUUUCUUCACAACAUACGAUUUUAAUAUUAGUUAGUGGGACAGUUAAAUUCAAUGCAGAAUCUACUGAUGUAAAACAAAGAUCAUUUCAACAACAUUUUCUUGUAACUGCCCAAGGAGAUAAAUGGAAAAUUGCUAGUGAUUGUGUAAGACAUCAUCAAUAA